ACACAUAAAAGAAAGAGGGAACGCCGUGUUUCCUUUCCGAGUCGCGGCAGCACUUAAAACAUUACCUGGACUUGGAACUCGAUCCAAAAUUGCACAUAAAAUGGGUUCCGAGCGAUCAAAGUUAUCCAGUAAAAAACGGUGGUCACGUUUGGAACUAGAUUGAGCUCCGGUGGAAAAUUGAACCAAAAGGCAAAUGAUUUUCUCGUUGACCGGACGAAUCAAAACAAGGGAGGCCAUCGUUGGCAGCUUCAACGAAACGAAGCAGGACGGUAACGGGAAGAAGCAGGAGGAGAGGUCGGAGGAGCCACAGCCUAUGUUCAGCAUGAAGAGCCUCCUCUGGCAGGCUGGCUCCGUCUGGGACGCCUGGUUCAGCUGCGCCUCCAAUCAAACAUAUGCGUCUUCCACCAUUUUUUUCUUUUUGUUUCCUUUACUCUCUCUCUCACUCACUCUCUUUUGUUUUUACCGCUUGUCCUCUGACUUUUUCCCCCUUGUAGUCAGAUUGAAUCGUUUUAAUUCUAAUAAUUUUGCGAUCGAAUCCCUUGCUCAUCUAUUUUGGAGAAACAAAAUAGGGUCGGCUAAAAUUCGUAUUUAUAUGGAAUCUGAUCGUUUGGUCUUGUCAUCACGCAUGCGCGCAGGUGGCCCAAGUUCUGCUGACGCUGCCGUGCUCGUUCUCGCAGCUGGGGAUGCUGUCAGGCGUGCUGCUCCAGCUGCUCUACGUCGAGCACCGAACCGCAAGGAGAAGGAGAACGUCAGCUUCAAGAAUCACGUCAUCCAGUGGUUCGAGGUGCUGGAUGGGCUGCCGGGGCCUUGCUGGAAAGCCUUCGACUGUACCUUUCUUCAUUUCGGCUCCGUUAUCCAGCUGAUUGCUUGUGCCAGGCAUACUUGUUCUUCUUCUAUUUUCCAAUCCAAUCCGACUUCCGGAAUAAGUUCAAAACCUCAAAUCAAAGUUAUUAAAUCCGGUCCGAGCCUUGACUCGGAUAAGGCACCGGGUUAGUGGGUCAGCGGUCCAACCGUCGGGUCAACGGUUGAACCGGCGGGUCAAUGCACAAAUCAUAAAAUCUAAAAUUUAA